AUGAACAACAGCACGUGUGUUGAGUCGACCUUACUCAAAUUAGCCAACUCAACUGCACUUAUCACAAAUGGAACUGGUACGCCAAUACAGUUGGACUCAAGGUCAUGGAUCUUGCAAGAGCUUUCCACCACCGCGUUGAUUUUAAUCUUUUCAUUAACGUUGAUCACGAUUGGGUCCUACUCUACCGUAUCGAAACCAAAGCAUGCAGGAGAUCCAAGGGAAGAUAUGAACUCUAACAAAGAUUUUGACCCUACUGAUAUGGACGAUUCGAAAUAUUUCAUCACCAAUAAAUUUGACUUGGAACUGAUUGGAGUCCAAGAAUUGACUUGGAAACAUGUGUUAAUUUUCCCCAUUGUUGCUGGUUUGAGUUUAUCAGGAAUGUAUUAUUGCAUAAAAAAAAACAUCUCCAUCAGUUCCAUCAUCAAAUGGUACUUUAUCUUGCUAACACCGGCAAACUCGUACUUCACAUUAAGUACGUUGUUGACCAUGUCGGUAAGAAAAGUGACACAUUGGUUUGGCAAGGAUUCAAGGGCAGUAUUUGAGAGAUACAGAGUGGCCGCGGCCAAAGACAAGGAGCUUUUCCCACUUGGUAUUUUGCAAAAUAUUGACUUCGAUGAGUUUAUUGAUGACAACGCCAAGAAUGAUAAAGACAAGGAAGAAGAUGCAAACGAGGACCUGGAUGCGAAAGUUAUGAAGGCUUUGAAACUCAAGCAAUACAUCGAGGAUCAAAAAUUAACAAUUUUUCAACAAACUGAUUUGGCAGCAGAUGCUUUUGAAUUUAACGGGGUAUUUGAUCUAAAGCUUGUGGUGUUGUUACCGGUUUCUCUUUUGAUUGGAUAUGGCUUUUUCAAAAACUACUCCAGUUGGAAAUGGAGCAAUUUUGUGGCAUUCACCUUUGUCAUUUCAUCAUUUUCACAAUUUCAAUUGACAAAUUUCAAAUUGGCCUUUGGGUUGUUAGUGGGAUUGUUUUGUUAUGAUAUUUAUUUUGUCUUUGGUACUGAGAUUAUGCUCACAGUUGCGACAAAGAUGGACGUACCCAUGAAAUUGACAAUUCCUAAAUUAUAUGAAGCCGGAUUGAGCAUUUUGGGAUUGGGAGAUAUUGUUCUUCCUGGGUUAUUGUGCAGCUUAUGUUUACGUUAUGAUGUGGCAACUUACUACAAGGGGAAUGUUCACAAGCCAUUCCACCAUUUAACCGACUAUCCACGACCAUAUUUCACUGUCAGUUUGUUAUUCUACUCGAUUGGUAUCAUUGCUACAUUGGUGGCGCUUAAUGUAUACAAAACAGGACAACCAGCAUUGUUAUACAUUGUGCCCAGUUUGAUGUUGGGAAUCAGUGGCUACAGCUACAUGAAAGGGGAGUUUGCUCAAUUGUGGAGUUUCUCCGAUAGCGUAAAGUCAUUCGGUGAAGAAGAUGGAGAUGACGAUGAUUCGGAUGAUGAUGCAGAGUUUGUACCUGAAGAUAUUGACGAUGAAUUAGAUGAAUUUAUUGCCAAAGUUGAAAGAAAAAGGGCACAGGACGAAUUGAGCGAGACUGAUAUUGAUGAUUUGUAUAUUGAAGAUGAUGAUGACACAUUUGUGAUUGAGAUGGAAGAGGAUGAAGAUGAAGAUGAAGAUGAAGAUGAAGAAGAUUAUGAUGAUGAGGGAGACUUUGAUGAUGGGACUGUGAUAGAGUUCAGAGAAGAUUUGUCUUUAUUGAUGAGGGAUUUAAAUGAUGAACCUAGGGAGUGGUAUACCAGUGAUGAGGAAGAUUGA